ACUUGAUCAUUACUCUUCUGCAUCUCACAAUGGAGGAAACCUAUGUCAGGCAUGUCGAGUUUCUGGGCUUUGAGAAACGCUUCUUCCCCAGUCAGCACUAUGUCUACAUGCUGAUGGUGAAAUGGAACAACCUGUCUGAGAAGUUGAUCUAUAGAGGCUAUCCGGAGAUCUACACAUUUCAUAAAUCCCUAAUGGAGAUGUUCCCAAUUGAGGCUGGUGACAUCGAUAAGAAAGACAGGAUCAUCCCUGCAUUACCAGCCCCAAAAUGGUUGGACAGCCAAAAGAGCACCGAGACCAGGCAGAGCACUCUGGCUGAAUACUGCCACUCUCUCAUCAACCUGCCCCCCAAGAUAUCACACUGCCAGCUGGUAUGCAACUUCUUCAAGGUCCGACCGGAGGACGAGAACCCACCCGCUCAACAGCCAUUCAAAAGAAAUGACAACAUCGUGAUGUCCACGGACAAGGCCAGAGGCAACACUUCUGAAAUCUCUGGCCCCAUCAUAUUGGAAAGCUACAGGGUGAUCGCUGACUACAGCAAGACCUCCAAGUAUGAGAUCAACCUUCUUACUGGAGACUUUGUGGAGAUUGUGGAGAAAAGCCCAAACGGUUGGUGGUUCUGCCAGUGUGAUACCAAGCGGGGCUGGGUGCCCGCCUCUUACCUGGAGCCCCUUGAUGGACCAGAGGAGCCUGAAGAAGCUGAUCCCAACUAUGCAGGAGAAGUCUAUAUCACCACCAAAGAAUACAAGGCAGCACAAGAUGACGAGUUAACUCUUGAGACUGGGGAAACUAUUGAGGUCAUUCACAAGCUGCUGGAUGGAUGGUGGGUGGUCAGGAAAGGAGAGGAGACAGGUCACUUCCCCUCCAUGUUUCUCCACAAAACUGGAGAGAAGAAGGAGAUGGAGUCGGAGGAGAAUGUGACUAGAAGACAGACUCCACCACCCAGACGGUCUACAAUCCGCAAUGCCCAGAGUAUUCAUGGUAAAGGGCGCAAGGGCAUCAGCCAGAACACGUACCGCAGGAACAGUCGCCGCUUCCUGCUGCAGAAAGGCGACUGGCCCAAUCAGCCCAGGAAGACCUCUAAUGACGCCCCACAGUCUCCCCUGCAGGAGAGGAAGAACGGAGACAACAUCCCAAAGCCAGCAGGCUCUAGUCCAGGGGGCGAGCUGAAGAAAGGGGCUCCCCUCAUCCCCCCUCGGCCCAGUCCUGAACUCAUCAUGGAGCGCUGCACGGAGAACACCUGCAAAAAAGUCAGCGUCCGCAAGUCGAACUGAGCAUUAAACUUUGUGUCAGUAAUGCAAUGCAAGGAAAGAUAGGUUAAUGUGCGCAAUACAAACUGAACAGCAGAUAAAGCCAAACAUGUGUACCAUAGAGGGCACUUUGCAUUGUGUUUUAAAUGUAACCACUUAGGACUAACUAACUGCUUGGAGAAAGUAAAACAAUUGUGAAAUGUAAAUGUACACUCCUCUACAUAUUUAUUUGGACAUUUCAUUUGGCUAUAGAAAUAUGAGGCGACAGUACAGAAUGUCACCUUUUAUUUGAGGGAAUUUUCAUAUCUGUUUUCUUUAUGUAUACUGAACAAAAAUAUAAAUGCAACAAUUUCAAUGAUUUUACUGAGUUACAGUUCAUAGAAUGAAAUCAGUUCAUUUAAAUACAUUCAUCAGGCCCUAAUCUAGGGAGCCUGGCCCAGCCAAUGAGAAUGAGUUUUCCUCACAAAAAGACUUUAUUACAGACAGAAAUACACUUCAGUUUCAUCAGCUGUCCGGGUGACUUGUCUCAGACAAUCCCGCAGGUGAAGAUGUGGAGGUCCUGGGCUGGCAUGGUUACAAGGUCAUGAAACAUGUGACCAGCACUUUACAUGUUGUGUUUGUAUUUUUGCUCAGUAUACAAUAAGUUACCCUAAAAUGACACAGGUGUAUUACACAUUUUUAAGUGUCCAUUUUCUCUGUUACUUUUUUAUAAAGUGUGUGGUUAGUAAAUGUGUUCGCGACGCCAUAUGCAGUUUUUGGACUAUAAGCUUCUUUAUUUGUUUGUUGAAAUAAGCUAUUUGUAACCUACAAAAUAAAUAAUAUAUUUCCCGAAA